ACUUUUGUAAGGGUUAGUAAUCUCCAAUCGAAAGCAAAGACCACAUCUCCUUGCACCUGCGUCCCAAACUCAGCGAUGAUUCCGAGACCUCUCACCGUUUGUAUAACAACCCAGCUGUUCCUUGUGCUGCUUCAUCUGCCACAAUCUUUGAAUCACAGAGCAAAUGGACCCAGGUUUUUAAUAAGCGACCGGGAUAGGGAUCCUCAGUGCAAUCCUCACUGUUCCCGGUCACAACCCAAACCAGUUUGUGCUUCAGACGGCCGGACCUACGAAUCCAUGUGUGAUUACCAGAGAGCCAAGUGCAAGGACGCUGCCCUCAGCGUGUCUCACCGAGGACGGUGCAAAGAUGCCGGCCAGAGUAAGUGUCGUUUGGAAAGAACUCAAGCUCUUGAACAAGCUAAAAAACCUCAGGAAGCCGUGUUUAUUCCAGAGUGCAACGAGGACGGAACAUUUACUCAAGUGCAGUGCCACACGUAUACUGGAUACUGCUGGUGCGUUACCCCUGAUGGCAAACCUGUCAGUGGAUCUUCAGUUCAAAACAAGACUCCUGUAUGUUCAGGUUCAGUAACUGAUAAGCCCUCAAGCCAAGGUAACUCAGGCAGGAGAGUUUCUUUUCGAUUCUUUCUCACCCUCAAUUCAGAUGACGGAUCUAAGCCGACCCCCACCAUGGAAACCAGGCCUGUUUUUGAAGGAGAUGAUAUCACUGCUCCUACCCUCUGGAUCAAGCACCUAGUUAUAAAAGACGCCAAAUUAAAUGGAUCUAACGCGAGACAAUCGGAGAAAGUGAACUCCUGCGACCAAGAAAGGCAGACUGCCCUGGAGGAGGCAAAACAGAAUCCCCGUGAGGGAAUUGUGAUACCGGAAUGCGCCCCUGGAGGUCUUUACAAACCUGUCCAGUGUCACCAAUCCACAGGUUACUGUUGGUGUGUCUUAGUGGACACUGGUCGUCCUUUGCCUGGAACAUCUACACGUUACGAAACCCCAGUGUGUGAAAGUGACGCCAGGUGGAAAAGUACAGAUGCUGAAGAUCCAUUUAAGGACAGAGAACUGGCAGGGUGCCCGGAAGGGAAGAAGCUGGAGUUUGUUACUAGUUUGCUGGAUGCCCUCACCACAGACAUGGUCCAGGCCAUCAACUCUGCGGCACCAGCGACAGAUGGAAGAUUCUCUGAACCUGAUCCCAAUCAUACGCUGGAGGAACGCGUAGUCCUUUGGUACUUUAGCCAACUAGAUAGCAACGGCAGCGAGGACAUAAACAAAAAAGAGAUGAAGCCUUUCAAGAGAUACGUGAAGAAAAAAGCAAAGCCCAAGAAAUGUGCCCGACGUUUCACAGACUACUGUGACCUAAACAAGGAUAAAUCCAUCUCACUUCCAGAACUGAAAGGGUGCUUAGGAGUUCGCAAAGAGCCUGGUACCAGUGCUGGAAGUUUCCCUCCUGGAAAAAGGCCAAGUUCGAAUCCCUUCAGUCGCCUUGUGUAGGAAGAGGAAAAUCAUCGUGUCAAUACCAAUCAGAGGCAAUCGAUGAUACUCAAGACGUUUGCACUUUUGAGUGGACUCAAGUCAUAACAAUUUUUAAUUCUAUUAUCCGCCGUGGAAAGAAUAAGGAAAUUUUGCUUUUUUUCUUUAGAUGUUUGUAAAAAAAAAAAGAAAAUCUGCUACUGAAAAAUUAGGAUUUGAAUUCAGUGUGACUCUGGAUUAAAAAAGGAGUUUCUGUAUAUAAAUGUAUAUGUAAAUUGUACAGUCCCCUUGUACAGGUCUUGAACACUUUUUUCUUAUUAAAAGAAAGGAAAAAAAUGGAAAAAAAAAAUUGUAGCGGGCACGUUGCCCCUUUCUGCAUGUAUCAACUUAAUGUAACGUUUUUCUUCUUGGUUUUAUCUGUGCUUGUGCUUUGUAAAUGAAAAAUGUUAAAAAGA